GAUUGGUUUCCCAUGGCGGCCACCAAAUUGUAUCUAUAAAUUGUCUUACCCAUUUCCUCAGUCUCUCAAGUUUACUCAUUUGUCAUCAAUCCUUUCCCCAUAGCUAAUCCCGUCAUCUAGAACAACCGGAUUCCUUUUUCCCCGUAUUUUCUUUCUACGGAGCAGUAUAACAUAUAAGCAAGAACAAACCCUCACCUGCAAUCACCUUUGCUGCUAAGAAGAAGAAGAAGACGUGGAAGCGAUAUCAAAGAAGGAAAUAAAGAAAUGUGGAUUUUUGGGUGGAAAGGGCCAUCUGGGUUCUCAGCUCGCUCGACUGCUGAAGAAGUAACCGAAGGAAUCGAUGCAACUGGCCUCACCGCCAUUGUUACAGGAGCUACGAGUGGAAUCGGAGUUGACACAACAAGGGUUUUGGCUCUGCGGGGCGCCCAUGUGGUUAUGGCGGUGAGAAACGUGGAAGCUGGCAAGAAACUCAAGGAAUCCAUCCUAAACGAAAUCCCUAGUGCCAAGAUUGAUGUUAUGCAGUUGGAGCUCAGCUCCAUGGCUUCCGUCAGGAAGUUCGCCUCUGAAUACAUCGCAUCCUGUCUUCCCCUCAACAUUCUCAUUAACAAUGCUGGAAUCAUGGCACCACCUUUCUCGCUAUCUCCCGACGGCAUAGAGUUGCAGUUUGCAACCAACCAUGUUGGACACUUUCUGUUGACACAUCUGUUGCUGGACACGAUGAAGAAGACAGCUCGUGAGAGCAAUCGCGAAGGGAGGAUUGUGCUCGUAUCGUCGGAUGGCCACAAAUUUGCAUACAAUGAAGGCAUUCGACUCGACAAGAUCAACAACGAAGCAGAAUACAACUGCUACCGCGCUUAUGGACAGUCCAAGGUUGCUAACAUCCUCCACGCCAAGGAGCUCGCUAGGCGCCUCAAGGAAGAAGGGGUGAACAUAACUGCUAAUUCGCUUCAUCCUGGUGAGAUCGCGACGAAUCUUGCACGUAACAAUGGCCUUCUGAAUGCCAUCUCCAACAGCUUUAUCAAGUACCUCCUCAAAACUUCAAGCCAGGGAGCUGCAACUCAGCUAUAUGUGGCUCUGCAUCCGCAAGUGAAAGGUGUAUCAGGGGAAUACUUCAAGAACAGCAACAUAUCCAAACCAGGUACUGCUCCUGCUCAAGAUGAUGAGUUGGCUAAACAGCUCUGGGAUUUCAGCAUGAAGUUGAUCAAGACCCAGUAGAUCUUUUAUUUUAUUGUUAUCGUCGUUGUUGUCAUUGUUGUUUUUUGUUGGAGUUACAACGUUUUAGUCUGCUAGUCAGAUAGUGUGUUCUGCCAAGGGAUGUAACCUAGGUGUGUAACUUGUUGUGUAAGGUGGUUUUAUUUGCUUUAAGGUAUUACAAGAGUUCAAUGUGAAAGGUAUUUAACAAAGAAGAAAGAGCUUUGAAAUUUUUCAACAAAGUUCAAUUGUUAGUCACUUAAAUCUUAAUCAAGUCAACAUUUCCAUCAUCAAGUACUAUUUUUCUCCUG